AGAAGGGCGACCAUUCACGGCUCUCGCUUAGACCACUUUGGUGGGGACCGCCAGACCGCGUGUCGAUCCCUGACUGCACUUGCAGGCGACAAGGCGUGUUGGGUCCGUUCGUCGGACGACCACUCGCGAAGAUCCAACCAUGGAAAAUGUAUGAGAGAGAGCAAGAAAAAGUGAGUCAGGCGCACGCUUUUCCCAAGAUGUCAACAUGCUCGACUCGAGUAUCGAGUACCAGGUCGUAUAUAAGGGUUGCAUGCUCCCCAACUUCCUUUUUCUUGGUAAGAAAUCCGAUCAUCAACAGCAUACCUAUCCAUUGGUUCAUCAGCCACAAGUGUUACUUUCCCCGCAUCAAGGCUGCGACAUCACCAAUUGUUAUCAGAAUCCUUGCCUGUUAUCUAUACGCCUCCCCCCUCGGGUCGCAAGACCAUCUUCUCUUCCUUACACAUCACCAAAAUGUACGCUGCUUCAAUUCAGUCGACGACCGGUACCCUCGCUGGGUAUGCGAGGAAGAUGACCCAGAAUGGGCGUCCAGAUAUGGAAAUCAUCUUGGAGGACCAUAAUGAGGGAAAGACGUAUACUACCUUCGAUCCCUUAUCUGGUAGAGUGGAAAUCACUGCCCCUCACGAAGCACGGUUCGACGAAAUCCGAAUUACGUUGGAAGGCACAGUAAAGACAUUCGUCGAGAACCUAUCACCACACAGUACGAAAGCGAGAACGACGGCCACACACAACUUCCUGAGAUUGUCCAUGCCGAUUCGAGAGUCGGAUUAUCCUCAACCACGAAUUGCAGAGGCUGGCCGAACCUACACUUUCCCCUUCAAUUUCGUCGUUCCAGAUCAAUUGCUCCCUCGAUCAUGCUCACAUGCCUGCGUUUCAGACCAUGUGCGUGAUGCACAUCUUCGUCUCCCACCAAGUAUGGGCGGCCGAAGUUUCUCGGGACAAGAUGAUCUGACACCAGAAAUGGCAAAGGUCAAUUACGCAAUCAAGGUCAAGAUCGUGAGAACCAGGGAAAGAGACGGGCAGGAAGUGGUGCUGGUCGAAGGAUCGAAGAAGAUUCAUAUCAUUCCAGCCAUUGCAGAGGAACCGCCAAUGAGUGUCACACAUUUGGAUAAGGAUUACGUUCUCUCGAAGACCAAGUCAUUGAAGAAAGGAAUGUUUUCCGGCAAGCUGGGCAAGAUCACGGUCACAGCGGCUCAACCCAAUGCGUUGGUCCUCCCAGCACCAUCUGCUUCUAGCACCAUGGUACCUGGUACGACCAUGACUACCGUCAACCUCAGAUUCGAUCCGCACGACAGCUCGUCUCAACCACCACGAUUGGGAGGUCUGACUACCAAAAUAAAGGCAUCAACUUUCUACGCUGCUCGACCCGCAAUGGAAGUCCCCUCGCAUUUCGGCAUGGUCCACCAAUUCGAGAGCACAAGAGGCGUAUACGAUACCUCCGUCCCGCUCUCAUCCCGCUGCGUCGAAGCAGUCACAUGGACUCGACACACUCCCUCACCAGCCUACGUCCGACGAAACUCAGCAUCAUCAACCAGCUCCGACGACUGCUCGGACGAAAUCCACGCUUCACCACCAAAAGAGAAUAAACCAUACUACACAGCGGAGAUCCUGCUCCCAAUCACAUUACCCACGUCCAAAGCGUGGAUCCCGACUUUCCACACCUGCAUCCUGUCGCGCUCAUAUACCAUCGAUCUCUCGCUCACGAUCCACACGCCUGGAACCGGCGUCCCUGCUUCAACAGUAGCACUCCAUCUCCCCGUCCAGAUCGCGGCAAAUGGAAACAACGCCCGAAGAGCAACUCUGACUGCUGAAGAAGCUGCCGCGGAACUAGCUGACGCGGAUGAAUUCCUGCGUCCAAGAGUCCUCGAGAUGCCGAGCCCGGAGUUGGUGGGGAAUAGUGUUAUCAACGCUGGUGCAGAGCUGCCGCCUAGCUAUGAGGAUUUUGCGGUGCCGAGACGGUCGGUGGUUAGUAGGGGAUGAGGGUUUGGGAGGAGAGUGAGAGGGUUUUCGAAAGAGUUUUGAUUUUGGGAAGCGUGUUUGGGAUUAUUUGCAAGGCGUUGAGGAGCGGGAUAUAUAAUUGGGUUUGGUUUUUUUUGGGGAGGGCGUUCGGAUGGGAUGGGAUGGGAUGAUCAAAUCAAGAUUGGAUACCCGGAAAGGGUGAAUACAUAAGGAUACCCCAUAGAAACAAAUUAUAAUUAUAAUGUUAUCUCUUUGAUAAAACGA